GUUCGAUGGCCAAUUUUGUGCAAUUUCUUUGGACAAAAGUUAUUUACGUCUCCAAUAAGUAAUUAACUCUCUUUUUCUUUUCCAAAAUAUAUUAUUGUCUUCAGACAAGAAGAAGAAGAAAAAAAGAUAAACUUAAAUUCAAGAAAUAUGUCAGGAAAUUUGUCGAAGAGAGAAGAGAAAGAAGAGUUGCCACUAGAAACAAGUCCGUACACAAAGUAUGAGGAUAUAGAAGAUUAUAAGAAGAAUGCUUAUGGAACUUCCGGUCACCAAGACGUUAAGCCUGGCCAAGGCGGCGGUACAACCGAUGCACCAACCCUCUCCGGUAGUGGUGCUCCCUCUGCCAUAGAUUCCGCUAACCAAAAAGCUAAGAAGUGAACCACUCGUUAUUCACAAAUUAAUCACAAGAUAUUUCUCUCUUGCUUCUGGUUUGAUUACUCUCCAAUGUGAUUUAUUUAACGCUUUGUGAUAAUUGACAUGUUUUUGUUUUUUUUUCCUCCUUUUAUCCAUUGUUAUGAUCCAAUCUAAAUCAAUAAAUAGAUGUUAAGUCUAAGGGAUUUUGACCGUCUUACAACAU